GCCACAAGUACUCCUGUUGUUUUUGCAGAUACAGACUAACAGGACUGCAACUCUGAAACCCAUAAAAGAGAGAACGUCAAAUAAUGUUUAUUGAGAUAAAAACCAUAGAACUAUGUUUAAAACGUCUUGAUUGUGUUAAUGUGAAAUCCCACUGUUACUAAUUACGGCUUAUUUCUGAUGGAUAAAGUUUUAAAAUCAAAUUUUACUUUUUAUCAUUUUUUUAAUGCUAGUACUGGGUGAAAACAGACUCCUCGGUUUCACUUCUGUUUGAUCUGGUUCCUCUCUUUUGCUUCUCAGGUGUCCCUAACACGGUUCUGUCCUGUGAGUGUGUCUGGCACUUUAGAGAAUAAAUGUGACAACCCGGAAGAUUUGGGGUAUCAAAGGGACCCUAAAAUGUAGUGGCUAAACUAGAAGUCACUCUAAGCAGCUUUCCAGGAAGGAUAAUGUUAACCAUGAAUACUUUCUUGAAGAAUUAUUUGAAGGAAGCACUCAUACAAGAAGCAACAAUUCAGUAUUGGAAGGAUACACCUGAAGCCCAAUUGCCCUGUGCCAAAGAAAUAAAGAAGCCAUCUUCUGAUCAGUCUGAUGACAAUGCAGACCCUAAAUCUGAGAAUGAGUCCACAGGGAAUAAAAGCUGGAGUGAGAUGCCUGCUGUGGAGUUCCAAAAGGAGAUGUGGAUGAAGGCCCCUAUGGGGCCCAGGCCGGCUUAUCUGAGUUCAAAACCAAGAGUCCAAACAAAAGGCCUCUUUACUGCAAUCUCAGAUAGCCUUGUCCCCUGGGCCCAUGACAGACUAUGUCGCUUUGAGAAGAAUGCCCUGUAUAACACCACAACGCUACUGUGCACCCUGCUUCUUUCUCUCAUCUGGAACUUUGGCUGCCAGUUGCUCGAGAUCUCUAAUGUCCUGACAAUUCAGCGGCUGCUAUCAUCUCUGGUUAUCUGGACAGCUCAGCUUUUCACCCUGCUGAGAGAAAAGGUGGUGAAAAUCUUGGAUUCCCUGAGACUAGAAAUCAGAGGGCUGUCCGCUUCAUUCACUGGGAGGAGAUACGAGAAAACUGAAGCAAAGUGAUGCAGCAAUAUGCAUGGUGGUUCCAAACUGGAGAACUACAUUGGCGUGCAAAUAAAACAAGUGGGGAUGUUGCCACUAGCAGUAACCUAUUCAAUGUCCUUGAGAGCUGUUAGUGUGGAGCAGACACAUAGGAAUUCUCUAAUCUUGACUAUGUGUUCCUUUGUUUUUUUCUUUUCUUUUAAUCUACACACAGCAUCCACACACAUAUCACAACUGGCUUCCAUGUGGAUAAUAUCAAAAAACCAAGUACUGUCAGUUGAGCUGAUGCCUUUUGCCAGCACCAAGCUCUCAUUUCAAACAUGUAAGGCAAGGAACGUUCAUUGAUUGUUCAAGCACAAUUACGCUCCAGUGACAGAAAAUAAUGGUUCAUAUUUCAAUCAGCCCAUUGUUUUUCUGGUUUCCAAUUUGUAAGAUCCCAAAUGUUAGAGAUUAGCAGAUUUUUCAGUUCCCAGCUCCUGAGAAAUGGAACAAAUCUACCUUAGAUUGCUAAUGGGUUCAUUGCUGCACAAUAUACAGAGACAGUGGACACAAGACUUCUCCAUUCCUGCCCAGUGUUCCUGGUGCAUUCUUUUUAAGCACUUAGCAUCUUGUGUAUAUGAUGUCAGGUUGUGCCCCAAAGAGGUACAUUUGUACUCAGAAAUUUAGGUGCAGGGACUGGAGGGCUGAUGAAAAUGGGGAGAGACACUAAUUUGUGCCCUUAGGGAAUACCUGAUAGACACAUUAUAAGCAGAAGGGACAUGACUUUGCACUGAGGUCAAUAAGUUCUUGACAAAUCUUUGAAAGGGCAGCAGAUUACAACCACACACAAGCUGUAUCAUUGUUCAGCAAUCAAAGCAUUCACAGAGUUUGAAAGAACCUUUGUUUUUCCUAGAGAAGUUCUGUAAAUAAGUUGCCUUGCAUAGAAGUACAUGAAAAGACUGCAGAAUUAUUGUAUUAACCUAUGCUGUUGAUGCAGCAUGUCUUGAGUGUAUGUUGUCGUCUCCUAAGACACUCAUAAAAAACAGCUAUUACAUUUCCUGGGACU